AUAUGGCUUAAACAUCAAGUCAAAAAAAAAAAUAGGGCGAGAAUUAAGCACCAAAGUGACCGAUAUGUUCGCCUCGGUGAUAAGUGGCGCAAGCCCAAGGGUAUUGACAACCGUGUUCGUCGCCGCUUUAAGGGUCAGAUUCGUAUGCCGAGGGUUGGUUAUCGAACUGCCAAGCGUUGUAGACACAUUCACCCUGAUGGUUUCAAGCAUGUUCUCAUUAAUAACGUCAAGGAACUUGAAGUUUUGAUGAUGCAGCAUCGCACGCAUGCAGGAGUUAUUUCCAGCACUGUUGCGAGGAAAAAUCGAGUGAAGAUUGUCGAGCGCGCUAAGGAACUGAAUAUCAGGAUCGUCAACCCUAACGCCAAGAUCCGACUGACGGAGAACGAGUAA